GCAGAGAUUAGAAAAACUUUCUCUAAUCUCUGGCGAAUUGAAGACGUCUCAAUUUUCUUCUGCUAAAUUCAAAAUGGCGUCAAUAACAGGGCAAUUUGUUAGAGGUGUAGUUAAAGCCUGUCAAAAUACUCCACUAAUCAGUUCAAGAUGUCUUCAUGCUUCUCUUCCAGUCUCUACAAUUCAAGCACCAGUGUCGAAGCCGGAAGGGAAAAUCACUUGCACCUUGAUUCCUGGCGAUGGAGUUGGUCCGGAACUUGUGUACGCAGUGCAGGAAGUAUUUAAGGCCGCGGGUGUCCCCGUGCAGUUUGAGCAGUUCUUCUUCUCCGAGGUGAACCACAUGCUGAGUGCUCCGCUGGAGGAUGUCGCAGCGUCCAUCGCCCGGAACAAGAUCUGCCUCAAGGGCAUCCUGGCCACGCCCGACUACAGCCACACGGGCGAGCUGCAGACGCUCAACAUGAAGCUGCGCAACGAGCUGGACCUGUACGCCAACGUGGUGCACGUGAAGAGCCUGCCCGGCGUCAAGUGCCGCCACCAGAACGUGGACGCCGUCAUCAUCCGCGAGCAGACCGAGGGGGAGUACUCCGCCCUGGAGCACGAGUGCGUCAAGGGUGUCGUGGAAUGUCUUAAAAUUGUGACGGAAGCUAAGUCGAAGCGCAUUGCAAAGUUUGCGUUUGACUAUGCAACAAGAAACAAUCGAAAGAAGGUGACUGCUGUCCAUAAGGCCAACAUAAUGAAACUGGGGGAUGGCCUGUUUUUGAGGUGUUGUACUGAGAUAUCCAAGCUGUACCCGCGGAUCGAGUUCGAGACGAUGAUCGUGGACAACUGCACCAUGCAGAUGGUGUCGAACCCGCGGCAGUUCGACGUGAUGGUGACGCCCAACCUGUACGGCAACAUCGUGGACAACCUGGCAUCGGGGCUGGUGGGCGGGGCGGGCGUGGUGGCCGGCGCCAGCUACAGCUCGGAGUGCGUGGUGUUCGAGCCGGGCGCGCGUCACACUUUCUCUGAAGCCGUGGGCAAGAACGUAGCGAACCCGACGGCAAUGUUCCUGUGCUCUGCCAAGAUGCUGUCUCACGUGAACUUGCAGUUCUACAGCGACAUGAUUCGAAAUGCAGUGAACAGGGUUCUGAAAGUUGGGAAGGUGAAGACAAAAGAUCUGGGUGGCCAAGCAACGACUAACGAGUUCACGUACGCAGUGAUACAAAACCUCCGUUGAAUCACGGUAUAUCAAGGAAUCUCAAGAUUUUGUAAUGUUUUGUAGAACAAGACUGUGAUAGUUAUUUAUUUUAUUUAUUUACUGACAUAAUUAAAACAGUAAUUAGAUGCAGCGUAAGGGGCUGAAAUGCCAUUUUUUUUUUGCUGCUGUUGAUGCAGUUUUUUUUUGUGUUACAUGUAAUAUUGUAAGGAUCUAACCAAAUUAAGGUUUCCCCCUUGUCUUGACACUUUGUCUCUUGGAAAUUAAACAGUAUUUUAGCAAAAGUGUUCCAAACUAGAAAAUAAAAUGUAUUAUUACAUUCUAUAGAUCAAAUGUAAUUUUUUUUUGGUACGAAGAAGGAUUUAAAGUUCUAAGAAAUAACUCUUCCAAAGGCAAUUUAAGAAUGAAAUAUGACUAUGUAUAUGUGACAGGAGUGGUCUGAAUUGGAAAAUAAAAAUACAAGAAUUCAACAAUG